GAGGCGGGCUCGCGUUCUCAUCGAUUCGGCUCCCUGGGCGAUUGCUUCUGUCUGUUGUUUAGUUAUGGUGCGGGCCAGGACACGGGAAGGCGGCUGGAAUUUGGCUGGUUGCUGAGCGCUGCCCCAGUCCAGUGCCGAGCGGGCUAUGGGCGAGCCCGAUCCUUUGGGCUCGGGGCAGCUCGCGGCCGGCCGGAGCUGGUGCUUGCGGCGCCUGGGGAUGGACCGCGAGUGGUUGCAGCUGGAGGCUGCGAGUGAGGUGACGAUAGGACGAGGAUUUGGCGUUACCUACCAGCUGAUAUCCAAGGUCUGCCCCCUGAUGAUCUCUCGGAACCACUGUGUUUUGAAACAGAAUCCCGAGGGACAGUGGACAAUUAUGGACAACGAGAGUCUGAAUGGUGUUUGGCUGAACAGGGAGCGGCUGGCGCCAUUACAGGUUUAUUGCAUCCAAAAGGGAGACCACAUCCAGCUUGGAGUGCCGCUGGACAAUAAGGGGAACGCAGAGUAUGAAUACGAAGUCAUUGAAGAAGACUGGGGGACGCUGUCUCCCUGCCUCGCCCCGAAGAAUGCCCAGACAGGGGGAAAAAAUGAAGACUUGAGAACUAAAAGGAAAUUCAGUUUGGAUGGAUUAGAAAGUCCUGAGGCUGAAGGCCCCUCAGCUCUCAAUUGCAAAGUACCUGCAGUCUCUUGUAAAACUGUUGAGCCAGUGACUGCAGGCGGAAAAGGUGAAGCGGCAAGUCAGCCCUCAGGAUAUUUGUGUUCUACGUUGCCUUCUCUUGGGGCAAGUGACAAGACCACUGGGACUCACGCUUGCCCCACUCUCUCAAAGGUCAUCGAACUUUAUCCGAAGAAGCAGAAGGCCUCCAGCCCGUCAGCAUCUCAGAGCAGCUUAGAGCUGUUCAAGGUGACCAUGUCCAGGAUUCUGAGGCUGAAAACACAGGUGCACGAGAAACAGGUAGCCGUCCUGAAUGUGAAGAGGCAGACCCGAAAGGGGAGCUCCAAGAAGAUUGUCAGGAUGGAGAAGGAACUGCAAGACUUACAGUCUCAGCUGUAUGCAGAGCAGGCUCAGCAACAAGCAAGAGUGGAGCAGCUGGAGAAGACUUUCCAGGAGGAGGAGCAUCACCUCCAGGGUUUGGAGAAGGAGCCAGGAGAAGAGCACCUGAAGCAGCAGCUGGUCCAGGCUCUGCAGGAGGUAACCUACUCUCCCGCUUCCAGAGGCUGUGGUGGUUGGUGAGUGGGGAACAUCCAGGCAUCACGUGGCCACUAGCUGCCUCUGCCUCUUAGCUCACUGCUCUGUGGUCUCCAGUCUGCAAACAGAGCAGGUGGCAGAUGCUCACACCAUCAGGCUGGAGAUUUGCAGCCUCAGAUACACACCAGAUCUCAGCAUGGAAAUGUAGGUCUUCAUCCAGCAGAAGCUGCCCUGGUGACGAUGGUACCGACAGCCUGUAGAAAUUCGGAAGCUCUCUGGAAUAGUGAGGGCAACAGACUAGGGAGAUAUUAGCUAAGGCUUGGGCCUUAGGGCCUCUGCGGGUCUUUGUACCUCACCGUCCCCGCACUGCGGCAUCGGGAAACUCUUCAAGAAUGUUGCAGUCAUUUUAGGUCAGUUUGAGAAUAUACGGUCAGACGUAAAAACAUCCACUUAACAAAAUAGGCACACUUACAGCAUCAGGUCGCCUAAGACUGCUUCUAACUUAUGUCGUUGAACCCUGUGACUACCUCUUAUGUGCUCUUGUAUGUCUUUAAAGCUUGCUUCAGCUGGACAUAGUGGUACACACUAAUCCCAGCACUUGGGAUGCAGAGGUGGGUAAAUCUCUGAGUUCAAGGCCAGCCUGGUCUACUUGGCAAGACUCUUAUCUCAAAAACAAAACAACUAAAACCCUUGCUUUGUCUUUGAGUUUUGAUUAUGGUCAGUAGUUUGGUACAAGUUUAGUUAAAAGGUUAAUAAGUUGUUUCACCCUCCUCGGGCACAGCAGCAGCUUUGCAUACGAACUUGCUCAGGGGUCAUCUUCGUAUCUGCUCUUGCAGACCUGUGCCUCAGCCUUGUGCAGUCAGUAAGAAGAGGCUGCCUUGGUUUCCUUGUGGGGAGGGGCACAAAUAGCUUUGGAAAUAAUUAGGCAAAAAUUAUAUCUUUGGAAUUUUAUUUUUUGAGUUUAUCUAUUGUAUAGGGUGAAAGGGCAGGCAUUGUUCCCAUUUGAGUAUUUGUGUUUUUUGCUUAGUGUGUGAGGGUUUAAGCACUGUGGUGCUGGAAACGUAACUGAGUUUGGUCGCCAGCACACACAUUAGAAAUCUCUCAACCCCUUGUAACUCUAGCUCCAGAGACUGGAGGUCUCUUUUGGCCUCCCACGGUACCCUACAUAUGUGGCUUAAACUCAUACAAACACACUAAAUAAAAUUAAAAACAGAUCUUUAGAAAUAAAUCAGCACAUUUAAAAAAAUGUGUGUGUGUACACUCGUGCCAGUGUGUGUGAAGGACGGCUUUCGGGAGUUGGUUCCUCCUCCUUGUGAGUUCCAGGAAUCACACUCGUCUUCAGGUCUUCAGGCUUGCACUGAGCCGUCUCCCCGGCCCCCUGGAGAGGUUUUAAACUAGCACUUAGAUGUCUGAAACCAGCUAGAGUCAGGUUUUGCUCCGCAGAAGGUCUGUGUCAGUCACAGAGCUCCCUGUGGCCCCAGCACCUCGUGCUCUAACACGGGAGAACACCCGUGUCAUGAGGUGCCUGGCCAGUCUGACAGGUGCUUGAGGGCCAUGCUCCGCUCAGCUGGCGUGUUCAAUCCUGUGAAGGUGCCCUCUUUUCCAGACUCACAGGCUUUAAACCCUUUUCCCAAUGUUUUUCAGGUUUGUUAUUUUCUUGCCAACUCUGGCGGUAGGGUCACUUGUUUUCCCAUUUUAUAGAUGAGACAGUUCUGGAACAUAGACGUAUUAGUGGCUAAGAUGAAGACCAUGGCUUUUAGGGAACCACACACUGACACGUUUGUUUCUUUCUUCAACUUCUUAAAAAAGACUUGUUUUGAUUUUUUUAUAUGCAUUUGUAUGUGGAGGUAUGGCAUGUGAGUUCAGUGCCCUUGGAGACCAUGGACAUCCAAUCCCCUGAAGCUAGAGCUACGGGAGAUUGUGAGCUGCCCGACAUGGGGGCUGGGGACCAAACUUGGGCCCGCAUAUUUAGCAGCGUGCUGCUUUUAAGUAAAUGCUAGCUGCCUCUUUAGCCCUGAGAUUGUUUCUUGAAAUUAUCUGCAGAGGGGGCUGGAGAGAUGGCUCAGAGGUUAAGAGCACUGCCUGCUCUUCCAAAGGUCCUGAGUUCAAUUCCCAGCAACCACAUGGUGGCUCACAACCAUCUGUAAAGAGGUCUGGC